UGCGGGAGGAGGCGCCACAGGUGCUCCCGGGGCUACUGGAAGGCGGCGGAAAUAGGUUGUUCUCAGCUCCGUGGGCUACAGUCACCACCGGGGCUUGGGAUGGGUUUGCGGGGGAGGGGGGCCCGGGGGCAGGGGAGGCCCGCCGGAGGAGGAAAUGAUCCGGUGGCAGCGUGACUUGACUGCCCCUUAGGGCAGGUGCAUAACUAAGUAGCUGGCGGUGGCAGCUCAAGUCUGGGCAAUUUCUUCUUGGCUUCGAGCAAAAGAAACGCUACCCUUCCCUCCCAAAGAGCUGAGUUUUGAGAGAAAAAAUAUAGUAUUUUCCCUCCUUUUUUGCACAAGAAAACAAAUCCGAAGCCAUCAUUCCCAUGCCUCUCUCCUUCCUAGAUUGGCUGGGAGAUGAGAGUAAGGCCAGGUGUUUAUGCCUUAAAUGCUGAAAGAAUUUGGAGAGGGUUUCCCCGCCCCCCUUUCUGUUCUCUCUUCUUCCCUCCCCCCCUCCCCCAUCCCCAAUGCAGGCUCCCUUCCCUAAGACUGUAGGACCUGGUACCUGGCUCAUGACAGGGGGAGGGUAAUGACCUGGGUGAGAGGGCAGGGGAAUAUAACUAAGUGACCUGGGGUGGGGCAGGGUAAUGCCUGGGAUUGUUCUAAGGACUCCAAACCAAACCGGAGGCUCUGUCUUCUCUUUACAGUCAACAUGCCCAUCACUCGGAUGCGCAUGAGACCUUGGCUAGAGAUGCAGAUUAAUUCCAACCAAAUCCCAGGGCUGAUCUGGAUUAAUAAAGAGGAAAAGACCUUUCAGAUCCCAUGGAAGCACGCUGCCAAGCAUGGCUGGGACAUCAACAAGGAUGCCUGUCUAUUCAGGAGCUGGGCCAUUCACACAGGUCGAUACAAAGCAGGGGAAAAGGAGCCUGAUCCCAAGACAUGGAAGGCAAACUUUCGCUGUGCCAUGAACUCCCUGCCAGACAUUGAGGAGGUGAAGGACCAGAGCAGGAACAAGGGCUCCUCAGCCGUGCGGGUCUACCGGAUGCUUCCACCUCUUACCAAGGACCAGAGGAAAGAGAGAAAAUCCAAGUCUAGCCGAGAUACCAAAAACAAGACCAAGCGGAAGUCAUAUGGGGAUUCCAGCCCUGAUACCUUCUCUGAUGGACUCAGCAGCUCCACUCUGCCUGAUGACCACAGCAGCUACACAGUUCUGAGCUAUAUGGGCCAGGACUUUGAGAUGGAGCAGGCUCUUACUCCAGAUGAGGUUGUUGGCCUGGCAGGAGAAUCCACAGCACUGUCACCAUGUACUGUCACUAGCACUAUCCCCGACUGGUACACGCCACUGGAAAUUGUGCCAGACAGCACCAUCGAACUGUACAACUUUCAAGUGUCUCCUAUGCCCUCCACCUCUGAAGCUACAACAGAUGAGGAUGAAGAAGGGAAAAUACCUGAGUACCUCAUGAAGCUCUUUGACCAGUCAGAGUGGCAGCCGACAAAUGUGGAUGGGAAGGGGUACCUGCUCAACGAACCCGGGGCCCAGUCUACUUCUGUCUACGGAGACUUCAGCUUCAAGGAGGAGCCAGAAGCUGACAGCCCUGGAGGGGACAGUGGGCUGAGCCUACACCGAGACUUCACAUAUAUGAAGAACUUGGACACCAGUUGGCUGGAAAACCUGCUGCCCUCAUCCAGGCUGCCCUCCAUCCAGGCCAUUCCUUGUGCACCAUAGCUAUGCCUUCCCCUCUUGUUCCACCAUGUGAGCAGGGCCCAGGCAUCAUGGCAGACGUGUUGUAGACAAACUGGACUCCUGUGGGCCUCUUGACAUAAUGAAGGGUGACCCUACUGCCAAGCAGGGGUGGGACCACCCUUCUUGGGUCAGUGUAUGCUCAGGACUUAGUGGACCAGGGGUCUGGGCUUGUCCUGACUCUGCCUCCUGGGAAGACUGGGGUUGGGAUUCUGAGGUUGGUUUAUCAGGUGAGGAAUUGCACAGGAAUUG